GAUGCACUCGUCCUGAAACGAAUGUCUCCAGACGGUCUGGGACCUCUGUUCCCACCCGUCUGGAUUCGAGACUACCGGUUGCUGGCAAUAACACAGCUAUAGCAGCCGGGAUGUUCUAGAUUGUGGCUGAGUGUGGGGAAACGGGGGAAGUGAAUUCGCCCAACUUUCAUUACUAUUAAACCCUUCUGUUGUCUACUACAAACUUAUUACCGUAAAAUGUCAGCUUACCCUGCCUAUGCCAUGGGCGGUCUUUGUCUUGCUGGAGGCGUGACUGGUUUUGUUCGAACACGUUCUGUCCCGUCCUUAGUAGCCGGUGUGGGUGUCGGUCUGCUAUUCCUGUGGAGUGCAGACAAUAUCCGGAAGGGCACAUCCAACGGGCUUGAGGGUGCUCUCGGUGCUUCUGCUCUCCUCCUACUUUCUUCACUACCAAGGGUUGCGAAAGGACCUGUACCUGCAGUAUUGACUGUGGCCUCCGCUGCAUCUGGAGUAUAUUAUGGUAAAACGGUUUAUGGCUUAAGGAAUCAUUGAGCAUUGGUCCACAUCGACCCAUGACAAUUUGCCCUUUGCUCUUCGCCGCAUGGGUAUACAGGAUUAAAUACACUUUGCUGUUGUACUAAAUGCUUCUACUGCGAUGUCAAUCAAGACUGCUGCUUUUCGACUCGAAUUUUCCCCAGAGUCCUUUGUUUAGCAGGCUAUU